AUGAGAGCAAAAAGCGCAGCAGCAGGAGCAGCAGCAGAAGCAAAACACAACUAUAGCAGCAGCAGAACCAGCAACAGCGUGGCACACAGCCGCAAAACUACUAGCAACAGCAGGUGCUGCCGCUCUAGCAGCUGCAGCAUCGCUGCAGCAGCAGAAUCAGCAGCUGCAGCAGCAAGCGCAGCAGCCAACAAGUUCAACAGCUGCAGCAGCAGGCCGCAUGCUGCUGCUGCAGCACCAGCAGCAACCGAAGAUACAGCUGCGCCGGCCGGCACCGCAGCGGGCUCUGCAGGCGCAGCAGCAGCAGCAGAAGGAGCAGCAGCAGCAGCUGCUGCUGCAGCACGGCAAAUGCAGCGGGCCUUCAAAGCUGCUGAGGCUGAGGGGCUUUGCGGGGCUUUGCAGGACGGCGGGGCUGCAGCCUCAAACCCUUCGCAAACCCUAAACGCUAAACCCUUAAACAGCGUAUACACCCCAAAGCGCUCCUACGCAGAGCUGCUCUCAAGCCUCUUCGGAAGGCCCCCGCUGCAGUUCGAACUUAAAGGAAAUGAGGCGGAAGCAGAUUCACUGCAGCAGCAGCAGCAGCAGCAGCAGCAACAGCAGCAGCUGGCAGCAGACGAGAUGAUGCUUAUUGUCAUACCCUUUAGGAACAGAUUUGAGCACCUGCAAAUCAUGUUAGACAGAGUUUCAAACUAUCUGGACACCCUAAUACUGCAGCAGCAGCAGCAGCAGCAGCAGCAAGAAGGCUGGCCCCGUGGGAAGACGGAGUUUUGCUUCGUCGUGGUGGAGCAGCAAGACAAGGGCCCUUUCCACAGAGGCCUGCUCCUCAAUGCCGGCUGCCUGUGGGCUGCGCGUCACAGGCAGCUGCUGCCAGCAGCUUCCUCUGCCGCAGCAGCAGCAGCAACAGCAACAGCAGCGCCAGCUGCAGCCGUCGCGUCAGCAGCAUCUCCCACCGCUGCCCCAGCAGCAGCAGCAGCAGCAGCAGACUUUCCCGUUGCUGCGCUUUGCAGCAGCCCCUGGGGCUCCGCAGCAGCAAAUGUAAUUAAUUUAAUUCGCUUUUCUAAGAGUCUUUUUGUUUGUCUUCAUGAUGCCGAUUGUGUCCCUAAAAGAAUUCCCUCCGUUGAGGCAAAAAGGAGAAACGAAAAACUUUGCGCCUACCUGCCGGCGCCCCGCAGAGGCGUGGUGCGGCAUUUGUACGGAGAGCCCUGGGCUUUGUCGAUGGUCUUUUGUCUUCUUCUCGAGGACUUCGUAGCAGCUGACGGCCACGACCUUCGCUACGAGGGCUGGGGCUUUGAAGAUGAAGAUUUCUGCAUGCGUUGUCGGCGGUCGGGGCUGUACGUACAGCGCAGCCCGCUUGCUGCUGCUGCUGCUGCUGCAGCAGCACAAGCUGCAGGUGCAGCUGCAUCAGCAGGUGGAAAGGCGGCUCUGGCGACGGAAGCUGCAGCUGAGGGCGCUGCGCCUGCUGCUGCUGCUGCUGCGGCGGCGCCGGCAGCACUUUGUGACUCUGGCUGCUGCAGCUCGACCUUCAGCCGCCGACUUUGCUGCUGCUCUCCUUUUGCCGAACUGGACUUGUCAUCUCGUGAAGACUUUCAAAAAGAAGUGAAGUUGAAGCUGCGGACUUUGCAUGCAAGACGCAACCGCCGCCUCUUCUGUAGCAUUUGGCCUGACAGCAGCAGCAGCAGCAGCAGCAGCAACUGCUGCAGCGCCACAGCGCAGCAGCGGGGCGCUGCAGCACAAACGAGUCCAGGGGCCUCUAAACACCACUUAGGAAGCAAAUACGGCCUGAGACACAUGCAGCAGCUCUUGAGCAGCGGAGCCCUUUUGGUGUCAGUCGAGCCCUGGCCCUGCUGCGGCGCUGCUGCAGCGCCAGCAGCAGCAGAAGGCGCAGCAGCAGCAACAGCAGCAGCAGCAGCAGCAGCAGUGCCAGCGGCUCCAGAAGCAGUACCACCAUCGCCUGCAGCUACAGCAGCAACAGCAGCAACAGCCGCAGCGGCAGCAACAGAAACUGCUGCUGCUGCCGCACCUUCUGCAGCUACAAAUGCCAGAGAGAAAGGCAAAUGCUCUGCAGCUGCUGCCUCUCAGAAGCAGCAGCUUCUGGCGCAGUAUGGGCCCCGUCUGGUGUGGCUCAAUGUGCGCCUGUUGGACCCUUUUCUGGGGUGUCUCAGCGAGAUGGGAGCCCCCGGAGGCCCCCUGGAGGCCCCUAAGAGCCCCCUGAGGGCCCUUCGGGGCCCCCUGGGGGCCCCUGAGAGCCCCCUAGGGGGCCCUGAGGGCCCGUGGGGGCCCCCGAGGCAGCAGGGAGAUGGUGCUGCCGUAGAUCUGGCCCCGUAA